AUGGCCGUCCAGCUUGCGCAUCUACCCGAGGUCGAACGGCUAAGUCCUGCUUGCAUUCGUAUUCUCGGCGGCAAUCCAAGCAAAUUCACACUCCAGGGCACCAACACGUACCUGGUUGGGACCGGGUCAGCUAGGUUAUUAAUUGAUACUGGCGAGGGGAAGCCUUCGUGGAUUGCCGCCCUAAAACGGACUCUCGAGGAAGAAAAAGCCACGGUCCAAAGUGCUUUGAUCACGCACUGGCAUCAUGACCACACCAGCGGGAUUAGCCAGCUCCUAGAGCAUUCGCCACAAACGGAUAUCUACAAAUGUGAGCCAACCCAAGGCCAGCUGAGUAUCUCAGAAGGUCAGAAAUUCCAGGUGGAGGGGGCUACUUUGACCGCCGUACACACCCCAGGUCACACUACUGACCACAUGGCCUUCAUCCUACAAGAGGAAGGCGUGCUGUUCACGGGCGACAACGUCUUGGGUCAUGGCACAGCCGUGUUUGAAGACCUAGGCGCCUAUCUGCGCAGUCUAGCCAAGAUGGAAACCUUAGUCUCGGGCCGCGCUUAUCCAGGGCACGGUCCGGUGCUGCCACAAGCGAGCGCCACGAUCGCCGAGUAUAUAAGUCACAGGCAAGAGAGAGAGAAGCAAGUCCUACAAACUCUCGGAUCUGAAAAGGACGAUAGCCUGUGGACGGCUAUGGAGCUGGUGAAGAUCAUAUAUCGCGGCGUUCCCGAGAGUCUACACAUCCCCGCGGCAAGUGGCGUGGUUCAGAUACUCCGAAAGCUCCAGGACGAAGACAAGGUCGUACAAGAGGGUGAGGAUAGAUGGCGCCUCAAAGAUCGAUCAAGCUUAUAA